AUGAAAAUAACUUAUAAACCUAUAGCACAGUAUUUAUUACUUUGUUUAAUCAUAACAUUAACGAAAUCACAACAGUCAUUUAACUACACGGAGAGUACAUUAGAAACACAAGACACACCACCACUUAUAGCUGACAUUAAAUCUUAUGAUGACGGAACAAUUCUCGUUCAUGUUAUACGAAAUUAUUCAACACAAUUAAACAUCGAUUGUUUAAUGAGUUUAGAACCGAAAUUACGUAUAAGAAUUAUUCAUUUAAAUAGAACUGUUAAAGAGAUUGAUCCCGAUUUAAAAUUAGAUCCUAACAACACAAGUAUAUUGCAUAAUAUUAUAAAUCCUAUUUCGAUAUAUCCUUUACAAAAACAGUUCAUUCUAAUAACUUAUAUUAACACUACAAAUUCUUCUGAACUUACAACUUAUGAAGAGUGGGCGAAUGUUAUCGAUUGGAAUGGAAAUAGUCAAAGUGUUAUCGAUUAUUUCUCUUAUAAUUAUUCUCUUGUCACGAUAAUUUCCACUGUUGAUAAUGGAUAUAUAGCGGUUUCAAACGAUACACAAUAUAACAGCGAUUUGUUACUUCCACUUGGUGGGCUUUACACUUCAUUUAUACCCUACAAUCAGUCUCAUUAUAAUCCAGAAAGACAGAUUUAUAUAACACAACCUAAUAUAACAAUUAACUCAGUUUACUGUGAUAAUUCAUGUUAUGGAGUUAUUAUUUGUAUAGUUUCCGUCAACAGCAAGAAUACACUGCACUAUCUAGAAAUCGAACUCGAUUCAGUAGGUGCAGUACUAAUAAUGAAUAUAAUUUACGAACACCCUAAUGUAACAGGACUAUACCAGCAAAGUUGGAGUGCAAAAAUAAUGCCAUUCUGUAGUUAUAUAUUAGGACCUUUUCUUACAAAUUAUUUUGGUGUAAAUACUAUUAUGAAUAAUAAUACUUUUUUACUCGCUUCACCCUAUACAAAUAAUAAUACUUCUUGGUCUUUGCUCACUAUUCCGUUACCUUUACCUGAUUAUAUUAAUGAUUCUGGCUAUGAUAAUCCUAUUAUAAUCAAAACCAUUCCACCAAUCAAUGCUGUUGUAAAUUCGUCAAUAACUACCCUAAACAUCACCAUCAAUGAUACGGUUACUUUGUCAACCGGCAACAUCACUAUCUACAAAGCCUCCGAUAACAGCAUUAGACAAAGAAUUUCUGCAACAAUGCAUGAGUUCUGUAAUAUCAGUUAUGAUAGGAUUUAUUUUACAAGCUUUCUUAGUAUAACAGUCAUUAAAAGCACAUUCAACGAGUAUGGCGAACAAUAUUUUGUGACGAUGGAUAAUAAUUUUGUCAUGGAUACUAAUGCACCUCUAAAAGGAAUUCAUGAUGGUAUUUGGAUUCUUAAAUCAGACGAAGCCAUUACGGGUUCAGUACACCUUACUGUAGAUGCAUCCAAAAAGUUCUUAAAUCAAUCAGCAUACUUUUAUCCUUUAUUGAAUGAACUUUCUGUUAAAGUGCCAAUAAAUCGUUCUCGUUUAAGUUCAAAUAAUAGAUUCUAUAAAGUGCUUAAUGAUCAAAUCGUUAUUUUAAUUC